AAAGUUGCUGAGUCUCUGAGUCCCCGCCUGCCUGCCUCCACUUGACACCUCUCACACCCGCAGCAGCCUGCCUUCCUUCAGCAACACCACCUCCACCUUCACUCCAGACCUCUGAGACUAUCGCAGUUUGAAGCUUUCCGUCCGAUCAAAGUGUGUGUUUGACGCGUUUAAAAGAUGCUGGCUUGUACAGAGAUGAUCACAAUGUGCCUGCAGUCGGCCAAACAGAAGCAUCUUCUGGCUCAGCAGCAACAACAGCCGCUAAAAACCACCGGACAGGGGCUUCCUAUCUUUCACGAUAUUUUCCGCAGAGCAGACAAAAACGAUGAUGGCAAGUUGUCAUUUGAUGAGUUUAAUGCUUACUUUGCUGAUGGGAUCCUGACUACUGAGGAGCUACAGGAGCUUUUCUACUCUAUAGAUGGCCGGCAGAACAACAAUCUGGACACUGACAAGCUAUCAGAUUACUUUUCUCAGCACCUUGGAGAGUAUCUCAAUGUUCUUUCAGCUCUGGAAAGCCUGAAUGUUGCCAUUUUAAAGGCAAUGGAUAAAACUAAAGAGGAGUAUCAAGAUGCCAGUGUGCUGGGCCAGUUUGUCACCAGGUUCAUGCUAAGAGAGACUUCCAGUCAGUUACUGUCUCUGCAGAGGUCCCUUCAAUGUGCCACGGAGGCUGUUGAAGAACAAAGCAGUCCUGCUCCGGGGGAGGUAAAGGCACCAGAGCUGACAGCAGUGCAAAGAAAUGGCAGGCGGUGUGGUCGCAGGGUUCACAACAACCUGUGCAUGUCCACAUCAGAUAACUGCGUUGGCACCCUGACCACAGGUGUCAACAUGGAAAAUGGAGAAAACUGGUGUUCUCAAAUCAACAGGCUGCAGCAACUCCUGGAUAAACUGGAGUGUCAGAGUCCCAAGCUGGAACCACUCAAGGAGGACACACUGGCCAGCACAUACAAGUCUAACAUCCUGCUGGUUCAGAGACAGAUGUCGGUGAUUGAUGACGAUCUGGACAACUUCCGCAAAGUUCUGAAGAGCUACAUCGAUGCCACCUCAGCCCACUCUGACAACCUGCAUGUGUCUGUUCAGAAGCUCCCGGGAAAGUCGUGUUACAUAAUGUAUGAGUUUUGGCAAGACCGCAUCUCCUGGAUGAGCUACCUUCAGUCCAACAGCAGCAAAGAUUUCCAGCGCUGCGUCAUUGACAUGUUAGAGGAUGCUGAAGUAGUUUCUACUAUGUUGCUCCCAGCUUCCUGGUGGAUUAUGACUAAUAACUGAAUCCAGAAUGUCACAUCCACUGCCUACACUGUCACACGGACAAAGACACAUCGGAGCAUCAACCCACCUACCCACACACACUCAAACAGGCACACACACACAGAAGAAUUCAAGAGGUAUCCAUGUGUUUAAAAGCAACAGAGGACAAUGGUGUCAUCCAGCUUGCGCCAGCUGUAUCUUCUGAUGUUCCUGUCUUUGACUGCUCAUUAUUGUGCUGCUUAUAUAAAAAGACAUAGUUGGCAUAGCUGCAUCCUGUCUGUAGACUUGAAAAUAACUGAUUCUCUGCAAUGCAAAAGCAGUUCUAUGAAUAUUCUAAACCUUGUCUUUGACUUGUGUUAUGGCUGCUUUUCUCUUGCAGUGCUUGUCUGGUAUUAAGCCACAUCAGAACAGCCAAAAACACAGUAAAAUAGGCUAUUAGAGCAAAAUUGUUUGGAAUGAAAACCAUCAUGCUGGUAGUGUUUUGUUUAUGGUGAGUUGUUUGCCAUUUAAUACAAUAAAUUAUGAUGACUAAAGCAGAGUGGAUGAGGACAAGGUUUUACUGCAUCAUGAAAAUGCAUGCUGAAGUGGACACAUCUCUGCUGUAUAUGCUGUAUUAUACUGUACUCACUGUUUCUUUCAUUGAGCUCUACCUGUCGUGCACAGAAUUCCCAAAAGUCUACACUAAUGCUUGGGCAUCUAUAUCUAUUGCUAGAUAUACUAGUGGUCAGUUCUUAGUUACAUCGCUUCGAUUGUCUAUGUAAGACACCUUCUCAGUCUUCAAUGUAAAAAUAUUUUUGAGACCAAGUGUAUGUCAGAGAAUUAAUAACUGGAGAGGUAAUUUUAAUGUAUCAAUAAGUUAAAGAGAAAACUAUGUGUAACGCAUUUAUUUUGAUCAUAGUGAGGUUAAUUUCAUCUGUACAUAUAUAACUUAAAUUGUAAUUAAUUUCUGUUGUGUUUUGAUUUGGUAAUCUAUACCAGGGAUCCCAAACUUCAGUCCUCGAGGCCUACAGACUUUCAAUGUUUCCCUGCUUCAACAUACCUGACUCAAAUGAAUGGCUCAGUAGCAGACUUUUGCAGAACUUGUCAUAGAUCCAUUUUAUUUGAAUCAGAUUUGUUGCAGGGAAACAUCCAAUACCUGCAAGAUAGUAGGCCUUGAGGACCAGGGUUGGGGUUCACUGAUCUAUACCACCAAAAUGAGUGAAAAGAAACUAAUAAAAUUCUUAAAGAUU